CCUGAUUCGCACCCCUUCUACAGAUAUUCGAUAUUCCAAACUUAUUAGUUACAUCGAAUUAUUUAGUAUUGUCGCGUUGCAAGGUUUCGCCUUUGGAUUUCUCCUCUCCUCCCCCACAUCAAUCUCAAAUAAGUAUUAUAUCUCCUUUUCUCCUACAACAGGUAUACCACUAAGAUAUAUCUUACGGGUUCUCUCGUGGUUUACCUUUGAUACACUUUUAUGUAAACAUUAGGCACUUACUCUAACCAUCCGUCAUCAUGUAUCCUCCUCCACGAACCCCCUCCCCCAAGCCUGAGAGUCCGUUAGAGAUCCCAAGUUACAUCACUCAGCUCCGUGCCCUUUCUUUGGAUGACAACGAUGAAGAAUUUGAUCAUGGAAACCUAGAGCCGGCCUCACCUGCCAGCCGUGCUCUACUGAGUCGCCACUACGAGGGAAUCCGAAUUCGAGGUGACAACAGUCCUCAUCGCCAUGAAGAACUCUCGCCUUUCGACUCGCCUACAGCCACCUCUGGAAACAGUUCUGCUUUCCCGGGAUGCCUUGAGCAGGAGCAAACGGGAUCUACUUAUCCCUUUAGUUUCAUACCCACCAUCCGUAUCACGUCGCCCGCGUCGCCCUCUCCCCCUAAGCGUGGUGGAAGUCGUCGGUCUCACCUCAACUCGAUCCUUCCUUACAACAAUUCCAUGGAUGCCCGCAAUGAGGACCCAGCACGACGAGUCCUGGAAAAUGAGUUCUACGAUCUUGAAUCCGUCGACUCCGCUACGGGCCAUACUCACAGCCUCAAUAACCCGUUGGGUACCCAAAUCCCGGGUAGAGAUACCUCACAAGAACACACGCGCAGUUUUACUGAGAAUCGAAAUGUGCGUCUCUAUGGCGAUGCUAAGAUCCGCCAUGACAAUCCAAGUGGUAAUGAAUCGGUUGCCCGUUCAAAGGAGUGGAGCAAGGGUGGUCAAAGCCCAGUCCGUCAGGAGCAACUCAACGAGCGUACAGAGAAGAUAUCCCCAAGCCCUGGAAAUGGCGGUUUCGUCAACUAUAAGUACCCUCGUUACCCACCGCUUGUUCACCCUUUGCGAGCUCACCCUGUGAGCCUUCCGCCUGGAGCCCCUCCGCAGCAUAGCGCCAGAGACGAAGAUGAACCAAAAUAG